AUGACGGGACGCGAAUCGCAUCGUAUCAAAGAUGCGGAAAAGAAACGUGUCUUGGACGAAGCAGCGCGGCAGCGACGCGCGCGCAAAGCUCUCGAAGCGCUGGAGCAGGACAAUUUCCAAGAUGACCCACAUGCCGAUCUCGUAAUGUCAAAAAAGUUGCCCAAAUUCCAGGACAGCAUCAAAAACAGCAAGGAGAAGAAGGGCAAACGGAAAGGCGCUGAAUAUUUUCGAGCCAAGUACCGCAAGAAUUUCCAACAGCUGCUGGAGGAAGAAAAACAAAAGCCCAACUACGAGACUGCAGCAGCUCCGGCGCCGAAGAAGCCCGUGCGUCAUUUUUGCGCCGUUUGCGGCAACUUCUCACAAUAUUCGUGCACUGCAUGUGGCACACGUUAUUGUCGCGUUCGCUGUCUUCGUACGCAUCAGGACACUCGUUGUUUAAAGUGGACCGCAUGAUUUUGGUUGUCAUGCAGCAAAAGUAAUUAGUGGUAGAAUAAAUUGCAAUAAACAAAA